AUGCGGGCUGGGCUGCUGCCGAAGUGGCGCAGAGCACCGUGCAGAAUGCGACAUUCGUCUCUCGUGGGCGGAGGCUUUUGCGUUGCUAGACGCUGCUACGGUCCGUCGAAGGAGGGCGGGCAGGGUGUGGGUGUGCCGCUGUCGACAGUGGAGCUGCCGGACAUGUUGGAUAUGGACGAGGCUAUGACUAUCAAUGUGUACCGACCGCACAGCGAGGAGGAGGCGCCGCUUCAGGAGGCAACGCGUCGGUUCCUCUGUGUUCUCAUAACCACGCCAGCCGAGCAGGAGUGGAGGGACAUGCUGUCUGCCGCGAUACGCCACAACACAUGGCGCGAGCAUCACGUCCGAGCGGUGCUGCGAAGUGUGCACGGGACACAAUACGAAGACGGCAGUGCACGUGCUUUGUGUGGGCUCUCGAAGUGCCCAACCAGCACGCCCGGCAUGCGUCUUGAGCGCGCUGUGGGUGUUGUGCAAACGGGUGUGGACGAAGGUUACCGUGCAGAGUCAGAGUCGGUGCAUGCGCUGCUUGUUGUUCUGCUGCGCGCCUCCUUGCCGGACCCAGCUGCUGGUGCAACGGGGGCGAACACAAAAACGCCCCCUCUGACCACUCGCGCCGCCGUCUGGCAAUUCCUUGCAUGGAUGGAGCGGCAUGACUACCACGUGCUGUCCGAUGCUACACUGCGAGCCCUCGAGCAUGUGGCUGAGGACGAUGCGCUUGGCGCCACAUCCCAGCAGCUGGCGAGCAGCGUUCGUCAGAACCGUUUGGAGUAUCUGAGGAGCGAGCAUGAUCGAUUGUGCCAGGGUGACACCGCAACGAGGAGAAGCCAACGCAGGGUGGGGAGAGUGCUCCCAGUGGCUGAGCCGGAUGACGGCUCUGUGUAG